AUGUCAUCAGUGAAAGUAGCCGUUCGCGUUCGUCCGUUUAACUCGCGCGAGGACGCGAACGCUUCGAAAUGCGUCAUCGGGAUGACUGGGAACACCACGACGAUUUCUGGCGGUGGCGGCGCUCAUUCAUUCAAUUUCGAUCACUCCUAUUGGUCCUAUCGAAAAGAGGACGCGCAUUUCGCCACUCAGGAGCAAGUGUACAACGAGUUGGGGGUCGAGAUGCUGCAGCACGCGUUUGAUGGUUACAAUGUCUGUAUCUUUGCCUACGGUCAAACAGGCUCCGGGAAAUCGUACACAAUGAUGGGGAAAUCGAAUGAUGAAAAGGAAAUGGGGAUAAUCCCUCGCUUGUGCAACGAUCUCUUCGGGCGAAUUGAGUCGAAUCGGGAGAACAUCAAGUACUCGGUCGAGGUUUCCUAUAUGGAGAUUUACUGCGAACGCGUGCGCGAUUUGCUCAAUCCGAAUUCGAGCGGUAAUUUAAGGGUUCGCGAGCAUCCCCUUCUUGGACCUUAUGUCGAUGAUUUAACAAAAAUGGCUGUUGUCAGCUAUGAGGACAUUGUGAAUCUGAUGGAUGAAGGGAAUAAAGCGAGAACAGUUGCCGCAACGAAUAUGAAUUCAACCUCAUCGCGAUCGCACGCUGUUUUCACUAUUGUUCUCACACAGAAGCGACACGAUGAAGCUACAUCGUUGGACACGGAAAAGGUGGCCAAGAUCUCGUUGGUCGAUCUAGCCGGUUCGGAGCGAGCGAAAUCCACAGGAGCCGAGGGUCAACAACUCAAAGAAGGCGCGAAUAUCAACAAAUCGUUGACGACUCUCGGAUUGGUGAUCAGCAAGUUAGCUGAAGAGGCCGAAAGCGAAAAGGCUGGGAAAAAGAAAGGAAAAGGGAAGCCAGUUGUGCCGUAUCGAGAUUCGGUGUUGACGUGGUUGUUGAGAGAAAAUCUUGGUGGCAACUCGAAAACAGCAAUGGUUGCCGCACUUUCACCAGCUGACAUCAACUACGAGGAAACACUCAGCACAUUAAGAUAUGCUGAUCGUGCUAAGCAAAUCGUUUGCCAGGCAAUUGUCAACGAGGAUCCAAACGCGAAACUGAUCCGAGAGCUGAAAGAAGAGGUCAACAAACUGCGUGCGAUUUUGGAUGAUAAAGGGAUUGACUCAUCCGAAUGGGAUCCAUCACAAGCACAACAUUUGCAACGACCGAAAGCCUUAUUCUCAGCCAGAGACAAUGAAACGAUUGAACAGUUGAAGGCCUCCGAGAAGCUGAUGAACGAGUUGAAAGAAACUUGGGAGCAAAAAUUGGCGAAAACGGAAGAUAUCCGAAAGCAACGGGAAGAGGAAUUACGUGAGAUCGGGCUCGCUUGUGGUGAAGACGGGAAUACGUUGGGCGUUUUUUCGCCAAAAAAAUUGCCACAUCUCGUGAAUUUGAAUGAAGAUCCGCUGAUGAGCGAAUGCUUGCUCUAUUAUCUCAAAGAGGGAGUGACCAAAGUCGGUCGUCCGGAAGCAAAUCCCCGUCCGGAUAUCCUCCUAUCUGGGCAGAAUAUUCAAGAGGCACAUUGUGAAUUCGUGAACGAAGACGGAAGCGUUUCGCUUUUGCCAAAGAAGGGUUGUGAUUGUUUCGUGAACGGUCGUCCGAUCACUUCACCAACCGUUCUUCACACUGGUUCGAGAGUGAUUCUCGGAAAAUAUCACGUCUUUCGAUAUAACGAUCCACAAGAGGCCAGACAGAGUCGUCACAAUUUGGCCGCCUCCUGCACGGGAAUAAUGACGACGAGUGGAGAACAACCACUCGACUGGAAAUACGCUCAACAAGAGCUCUUGGAAAAACAGGGGAUCGAUUUGAAAGCGGAAAUGGAAAGGAAACUCUGCGAAAUGGAGAGUCAAUAUAGAAGAGAAAAAGAGGAAAUGGAAUUGAUCAUGAUGAGGCAAACAAAGGAGUACGAGACUCGAAUCGAGGUCCUUCAGCGACAAGUCGAUCUCGCACAAUCGAUGAUCUCGUCGACGUGCUCGAAUUGGGAAGGAGAGCGCUUCUUGACCUCAUCACUUCUGCAAUUUGCCGAGGAGUGCAAGUGGAGCCCGGAACAGGAGCGAAUCGCGCGACGAGUGGCCGUCAAAUGGAAAUAUCACCAAUUCACCUCAGUCCGUGACGAUCUCUGGGGAAACGCGAUUUUCAUCAAAGAAGCCAACGCGAUCUCGGUUGAGCUAAAGAAAAAGGUUCAAUUCCAAUUCGUUCUUUUGACGGACACAAUGUACUCUCCACUCCCACCCGAUCUUUUGCCUCCAGGCGAAAAUCUUUCACUGAGACCUUAUCCGAAAACAGUUGUCGCCAUACAGGUUCAAGACCUCAAAAAUGGCGCCACUCACUACUGGAGCAUCGAGAAAUUGAAACAACGCUUGGAAGAGAUGCGAUCGUUUUACAAUGCCGAAGUGAGCGAGAUCGGCACACCGAUAGAAGGGAUCCCGCAAAGAGGAGGGAUCGGACAAUUGGGCGAUGGGGGAUGGCUGGCUGCACUCUCGCUCAAUCCAGCACGACUCAUACCGGACAGGCAACGCUUGGAGUCGAUGAGAGAUUUGUACGAGACUGAGGGUGAGAUGAGCCCGGUGAGUCCGGAAGAUCCGAUGAUGGAAGCAUUGAUGGGCACUGAUCCUUUCUAUGAUCGAUUCCCGUGGUUCAGGAUGAUUGGAAGAGCUUUCGUUUAUUUAUCGAAUCUCCUUCAUGACGUUCCGUUGAUUCACAAAGUGGCUGUGGUGAAUGAGAAAGGCGAAGUGAAGGGAUAUCUUAAAGUGGCGAUUGAACCGAUCAGAAAAGGCGAGAAAGAGCCUCCACAAAAGAGCGGCGUUCGUCAAAUGGCUCGGCUUCAUUUCCGACGAGAGGAUUUCCUCAAAGCCGUUCACCACAAUGCUAAAGCCGAGCUCUCGGUCGACUACCCGAAGCACAUGUCCGAAGAUGAGAUUUUCUCAUUUCGCGUUGUUGUUUUGCAAGCCACUGAUGUCUCCGAUCAGUACACUGAUGUUUUCUGUCAAUUCAAUUUCCUUCACCGUCACGAUGAGGCUUUUUCCACAGAGCCGAUGAAAAACACAUCGAAAACCGGCCUCAACUUUAAUCAUAUUCAGAAUUUAAAUAUCAAAAUGGGACGCACUUUUCUUCACUAUAUUCAUCAUUUUCCAAUCAUAUUUGAAGUCUUUGGUCAUUAUCAACAGCAACCAUCGGGUUUCCAUUUCGAACGACAGAGUAGUCAAGUCUUGAGCCGUCGAAUGUCAACGACUCAACUCUUCCCGGCUCCAUCGCUUGUCAUUUCCACUCCCGUUAAGAGCAAGAAAGCUGUCGCCAUGGCACCACAAAGCCCAACGCCAAUCCGCAGCAAGUACGAUUUGCUGGCUUGGUUCGAGAUUUGCGAGCUUGCCAACAAUGGAGAAUAUGUGCCAACCAUUGUUGACCACGCGCAGGGUGUGCCCACUCACGGGAUUUUCCUACUUCAUCAGGGGAUUCAGCGGCGAAUCAAAAUCACAAUUUGCCAUGAAAAGGGCGAUUUGAAAUGGAAAGAGUGCCAAGAGUUGGUGAUCGGACGGAUUAGAGCUGGUGCCGAGUGGACCGGCGAUGACGUGGAUGUGCUGUCGUUGGGGCUUUUCCCGGGCACCUAUCUCGAGUUCACGCAUGACGAUAGAACGUUCUUCCAAUUCGAGGCCGCCUGGGACAGCUCUCUUCACAAUUCACCGCUUCUCAAUCGUGUCUCGAAUUACGGGGAUCAAAUCUACAUGACAUUGUCAGCUUAUAUGGAUGUUGAGGGAUGCUGCCAGCCGGCUGUUAUCACAAAGGACCUUUGUGUGCUCAUCUAUGCAAGGGAUAGUAAAAUCUCGGUGGCAAGUCGUUUCUGUCGUUCACUGAUCGGCGGUAUCUCGAAAGCUCCAUCGAUGAAUCGCAUUCCGGGUGUUUAUGAAAUCGCGAUCAAGGACGCGUCCGACUCAGGCGCUGUUCGUCGACAGCGUCGCGUUUUGGACACCUCAUCGGCGUAUGUACGUGGAGAGGAGAAUCUAGGACAAUGGCGUCCACGGGGUGACUCGUUGAUCUUCGAACAUCAAUGGGAAUUGGAGAAGUUGACGAGACUGCAGCAAGUUGAACGAGUCCGACUUUUCUUGCGCUUGAGGGAGAAGCUGAAGAAAGAGAAGAAGACGCAAGGACCAAAAACCCCGGUUUCUCCAUGUGAUCCAGUGAGAUCGAUUCCUGAUCAAGUGACGUUAAACGAAAAGGAGAAAGGCGUUGUGAACAAGAUUAUUGAUUUGAUCAAGCGAAAGAUCCCGGUAAACAAAGAUCCACCAACAGGACGGCUCGAGAAAGAUAAAGAGAGCGACGAUAGUGGGAACAACUCAAUCACAUCACCCACCAGUGACAAAGCAAUGCGCUCAUCGGAUCCAGAGGUGCCAGUGGAGAAAUCUUUGACGAAAGGCGGUCUUGCUCCAUCCGAUACACUAUUCGGAAUGAAGCGAUCACCGAGCGGAAACGCUUUAGCGAUGCUUAUUCCAGAGGUGACCGAGGAACGCGUUGGAGUUGUUGUCUCAAAGAAGGGUUAUAUGAAUUUUCUUGAGGAGAAAACGCAAGGCUGGGUGAAGAAAUGGGUGGUCGUUCGAAGGCCAUAUAUAUUGCUCUUCCGAGAUGAGAAAGAUUUGGUGAUUCGCGGGGUGAUCAAUCUUGCCAAUUCGCGCGUCGAAUACAGCGAGGAUCAGCAAGCGAUGCUCAAAGUACCGAACACGUUUUCCGUACUCACCAAUCAUCGGGGUUUCCUCAUGCAAACACUGCCAAAUGAUGAGAUGUACGAGUGGUUAUACGCGAUCAAUCCAUUGUUGGCCGGUCAGAUUCGCGCAAGGCAAGCGGCUCAAGAUGCAGCCACACAAAAGUCCCUUCCACCGAUCGUUCAACCAGCGAAUGGUCACAAU